UCUUCAGUUCUUCUCUUCUCUUCAAUUUUCUUCUCCUCAAUUACAAACAAACAUAACCAAUAUACCCAAUACUCUUCUCUUUUCAAUCUCUCUUGUCACGUUCACCUUUAACCCAAGAAAUUCAAACUUCCCUCCCUAGUGUACACAUCCAAAUAUUGCUACACUAGUACUCUUAACUGCCAUUAGUCCUUGAAAAUGUUGUGUGUCUCCGAUCAUAAGGACUUCUUCGCUCGCCGGACUGUGUGGGUUAAUGGUCCGGUCAUCGUCGGAGCUGGCCCUUCUGGACUAGCUGUUGGUGCUUGCCUCAAAGAGCAAGGGGUACCCUUUGUAGUUCUUGAAAGAGCAGACUGCAUUGCCUCUCUGUGGCAGAAACGCACCUAUGAUCGCCUCAAACUUCACCUUCCUAAGCAAUUCUGCCAACUCCCUAAGCUCCCAUUCCCAAAGGACUUCCCUGAGUAUCCAACCAAGAAUCAAUUCAUUAACUACCUUGAAUCCUAUGCCAAGAAAUUUGAGAUCAACCCAAGAUUCAAUGAGUGUGUUCAGUCUGCUAAGUACGAUGAGACUAGUGGGUUAUGGCGUGUGAAGACUGUCUCCACCAGCCACAGCUCCGGCCGCAAUGAGGUUGAGUACAUUUGCCGGUGGUUGGUUGUAGCCACAGGAGAGAAUGCAGAGUGUGUGAUGCCUGAAAUUGAAGGCAUGUCUGAGUUUGGUGGUGAAAUUGUGCAUGCUUGCCACUACAAGUCAGGGGAGGAUUACAGAGGAAAGCGAGUACUAGUCGUCGGCUGUGGCAAUUCUGGCAUGGAAGUUAGUCUUGAUCUUUGCAAUCACAAUGCUCUACCAUCCAUGGUGGUUCGCAGCUCGGUUCAUGUAUUGCCAAGGGAAUUUCUUGGGAAAUCUACAUUUGGAUUGGCAGCAAUGAUGAUGAAAAGGUUUCCACUUUGGCUCGCUGAUAAGAUGUUGCUGAUAAUGGCAUGGCUUGUGCUUGGGAAUAUUGAGAAAUAUGGACUAAAAAGGCCAGCAAUGGGUCCUUUAGAGCUCAAGAAUGCUCAAGGAAAGACCCCUGUUUUGGACAUUGGUGCAUUAGAGAAGAUCAAAUCUGGUGAUAUCAAGGUUGUCCCUGGAAUCAAAAGGUUCUCAUAUGGUGGAGUUGAGCUUGUUAAUGGACAAAAUAUUGAAGUGGAUGCAGUAGUUUUCGCUACUGGCUAUCGCAGCAAUGUUCCUUCUUGGCUACAGGAUAAUGAAUUUUUCUCUAAGAACGGAUUUCCAAAGGCUCCAUUCCCAAAUGGGUGGAAAGGGAAAGCUGGGCUUUAUGCUGUUGGAUUCACAAAGAGAGGGCUCUCUGGUGCAUCCUUUGAUGCUAUGAGAAUAGCACAAGACAUUGGCAAAGCCUGGAAAGAAGAAACAAAGCAAACAAAGAAGACAAUUGCUUGUCAUAGAAGAUGUUCUUCACAGUUCUGAUCAUUCAUUGCUUCUAUCCCUCAUGAAGAUUCACCACCAUUUUUAUUUUUUUUCCCCUCGGUCGGAAACCGAUCGAUCCUUCUUGAUUCAGGUAGCCAGACAGAGAUCAAUUGUGUACAAAUAAUAAUGUAUAAUAGGAAAGAGAACAGCAAAAGAAACAGUUAGCACAGUGAGCCCUCUCCACAAGCCCAAGUUAUAAACAAAAUUGGGCAUUUUGUGUAUAGAGGAAGAUGUGGCUUCUUAAUUUCCAAAUUUUGUAUACUUUGUUAAAUGAUCAAGUCAAAUGAGAAAGUAUCCUUCUCUCUC